AUGUUCUCAUCUCCCUCCAAGCCCACUAGAAUGGCUUCUCAAGGCUAUCGUGUUAGAAAACCCUCUAACCGUCGCAGCGGUAGCUUGAAUUACAAGUCUGCCACGCCCGGCCUUAAGACGAAACUCGAUAUAUUCGCUCAUACCUUUUUCUCUCCUACUAACCCUAACCGCGGCGCCGAAGAUCGCGGAGCUGCAUGGCUACAAGCGGAGAAACUUGACACUGGAACCCUCAUAGUUUCCUCCCCAAACGAAGCAGCUGAUACAUGGGAGUGUAAGGAUUGUAGCUGGAGGGUCCGCACCCUGGCGGGCAAGUUCAACCUGGAAGUCCACACUCAGCUCUGUCCACCUCCAACUUCCUAUGCCUCUGCUUUUAUCAGCUCUUCUAAUGGCGAGUCAGUGCAGCUUGACUCCCCUGCACCCAUUGGCACUCCUCUCAGUGGCGUUACUAACGAUAUCGAGGAUCUCAGACGGCAAACGCUGAAAAGAGAUAUAGGCAAUCGCCAGCCGUUCUAUGGGGUUCACCAAGCCCUCUUUGACCUGAGCCGCGUUUCGACAGUCGACCUCAACACGGGAGUCUCGGCUUUUGGGCCUGUCUACUCAAAGUACCGUAAGAUGAUCGUUAUCGAGACUUGGGCAGAGCACGUCGUCUGUCUACCCAUUUUCACUUAUAACGGUAAUGGUCUCGAGAUGCGUCAGGGCAUGGUAGAAGAGUACAUGGACGUUCGCGAUGUCGAUGAUGAGUCUCCUGCACCACCUGAGACUCACUACGAACCGUUGAUGGCUAUUCGCGACGAGAGAUGGCUUAGUAGGAACACAUUCAUUACAGGUAAGGCUGUUGUGAAGCUAACUGAGAAAACCACUCACUCUCUAUUCCAAAAGUGCUCUAUCGAGGGCAAACUUGAACCGGCACAUUUCCAGAGAAUGUACAAGGCUCUGCUCGAGUUAACUCAGGUACAGGCCCUGGAAGUCUUUGGUAAACCGACUGAGGGCAUGUUCAUUAUGCCCUGA